AUGCUAUCAUUCCGAAUUGAAAAAGACUCCAUGGGAGAUGUCCAAGUACCAGCCAACGUGUAUUGGGGAGCUCAAACACAACGUAGUAUUGAGAAUUUCAAAAUUGGAGGUGAACGAGAACGUAUGCCAAUUGAAAUUAUUUACGCUCUUGCCACUUUGAAAGGUGCUUGUGCUAAAGUAAAUGAUGAAUAUGGAGAUCUCGACUCAAAAAUUGCAGAAUUAAUUCAAAAAGUAGUUUUGGAAAUUGUGGACGAACGUAAAUUUGACGAUCAAUUUCCUCUCAAGAUUUAUCAAACAGGAUCUGGAACUCAAACUAACAUGAACGUAAAUGAGGUAAUAAGCAAUAGAUGCAUUGAAUUGAUGGGAGGAACUUUGGGCUCAAAGAAAGUUCACCCCAAUGAUCAUGUAAAUAGAGGACAAUCAAGUAAUGACACCUUUCCAACUGCAAUGCAUAUUGCUGCAGCAACCCAAGCAACCUCACGUGUAAUUCCAAUGCUAAAACGAUUGAGAGAUGCAUUUGAAAAGAAGAGACAAGAGUUUGCUCAUAUUGUGAAAAUAGGCAGAACACAUACCAUGGAUGCGACACCAUUAACAAUGGGACAAGAAUUCUCUGGAUUUGUAUCCCAAUUGGAUUUUGCAAUUGAAACAAUUGAGAAGAGUUUAGAAGGUGUUUAUGAAUUAGCCAUUGGAGGAACAGCUGUGGGAACAGGUCUCAACACUCGUGAAGGUUUUGGUGAUGAUGUUGCAUUAGAACUGUCAAAAAUUACAAAAUUGCCAUUUAAAUCAGCACGCAACAAGUUUAUGGCACUUAGUGGAAAUGAUGCAAUUGUAGCAUUGAGUGGAGCUUAUAAUUGCUGUGCGACAAUUCUCAUGAAAAUUGCCAAUGAUAUUAGAUUGCUCGGAAGUGGACCUCGUUGUGGUCUGAGCGAAUUAAUUCUUCCCAGUAAUGAACCUGGAUCAUCAAUCAUGCCUGGCAAAGUGAACCCAACACAACCAGAAGCUGUGACCAUGGUAUGUGCUCAAGUUAUGGGCAAUCAUGUUGGUGUGACAAUUGGAUCAAGCAAUGGACACUUCCAAUUGAAUGUUUUUAGACCACAAGUUAUUAACUCUGUUUUGCAAUCAGGACGCUUAAUUGCUGACGCUUGUGAGAGCUUUGCUGAGCACUGCAUUGAUGGUCUUCUUGCCAAUGAAUCCAAGAUUAAGGAAUAUGUUGCUAAUUCUCUAAUGCUUGUCACUGCAUUGAACCCUGUAAUUGGUUAUGACAACGCUGCUAAAGUCGCAAAGAAGGCCUAUCAAGAGAAUAUUAGUUUGAAACAAGCUUGUAAAGAUUUGAAUUUGCUUUCAGAAGAAGAAUUCGACAAGCAUGUCAAAGCAGAAGACAUGUGCUACCCUGAUCCAAAGGCUGAAAAGAAAUAA